AUGUGUGACGACGAUAUUGCAGCGCUGGUGAUUGACAAUGGUUCUGGAAUGUGCAAGGCUGGGUUUGCAGGAGAUGAUGCACCCAGGGCAGUAUUUCCUUCCAUUGUGGGCAGACCGCGACAUCAGGGUGUGAUGGUCGGCAUGGGUCAGAAAGACAGCUACGUCGGCGACGAGGCCCAGUCCAAGAGAGGUAUCCUAACUCUCAAGUAUCCCAUUGAACACGGUAUUGUCACCAACUGGGACGACAUGGAGAAGAUCUGGCACCACACCUUCUACAAUGAGCUGAGAGUUGCACCUGAAGAGCACCCAGUCUUGCUGACAGAAGCUCCACUGAACCCCAAAGCCAACAGGGAGAAGAUGACCCAGAUUAUGUUCGAAACUUUCAAUUCCCCAGCCAUGUAUGUCGCUAUCCAGGCCGUACUGUCCUUGUACGCUUCAGGUCGUACAACAGGCAUUGUACUUGAUUCCGGAGACGGCGUCACUCAUACUGUGCCCAUAUACGAAGGUUACGCCCUCCCUCAUGCCAUCAUGAGACUGGAUCUGGCUGGACGAGAUCUUACUGAUUACCUGAUGAAGAUCCUCACAGAAAGAGGAUACUCGUUCACCACCACCGCGGAGAGAGAGAUCGUGCGUGAUAUCAAAGAGAAACUGUGUUAUGUCGCCCUUGACUUUGAGCAGGAGAUGCAGACAGCUGCCACGUCAUCCUCUUUGGAGAAGAGCUAUGAACUACCAGACGGCCAAGUCAUUACCAUAGGCAAUGAGCGUUUCCGGUGCCCAGAAGCAGAAUUCCAGCCAUCCUUCUUGGGAAUGGAGUCAGCAGGGAUUCAUGAGACGACCUACAACUCUAUCAUGAAAUGUGAUGUGGAUAUCCGCAAGGAUCUCUACGCCAACACGGUCUUGUCUGGAGGGUCAACCAUGUUCCCUGGCAUUGCUGACCGCAUGCAGAAGGAGAUUACAUCCCUUGCCCCAGCGACAAUGAAGAUCAAGAUCAUUGCUCCUCCCGAAAGGAAGUACUCUGUGUGGAUCGGUGGUUCAAUCCUCGCGUCUCUCUCCACCUUCCAGCAGAUGUGGAUCUCCAAGCAGGAGUAUGACGAGUCUGGUCCAGCCAUUGUUCACAGAAAAUGCUUCUAA